CACAGCCGGCUCAGACAAGCAACAGAACGACACAUGAUCCGGUCAGCGUCAGGACGGAUGAUCAAAUAAAAAUGCUCUCGUCAGGAGUUGUCUCACGAGAGGGCGAGGAGAGCAGUGGACAUCACAGUUGUCAACCCGCGGCGUCGCUUCAUCCUAGACAGGAGAUGUCUGAGACGAGUCCUGCUCCUCUUCUAAUCGAUACAUUUUUUUUGACAAUGAGAAGUUGCAAUCUAAAGGCUUUGGCAAUCGUACGUCGAACAACUUUUUCUCUUGAUGGACGUGAGACAAAGGGUCAACUACAGCGAUGAUUCGACGUUACACAAGGGCUAACUACAGCAAACAUUGCUGCUCUUUCCAGGACCUCCACAAAUCUUCAUCAAUGAUUGCUCUUACUUUUACCGAUCAAUAAUUAGAGAGUUCUUGUCUUCUUCCUGCAAAACAUAUGCUUACGUGGUCACAUCGUCACUAAAUUUCAAUGACAGGUGUAUACUAAUACUUGGCGAUAGCUACUCUUUUCUAUCUUCCUCUGGUCUUUUUUUUUCUAGUUAGAAGGUCUCUCUGCUCAUACAGAGAUCAUAGAAGAAGAGACGGUAGAAGAAGAGGAAGAGCUAAGUACGUGUUGGACAAAACGAAGCCUCGUAUGCUUAAUGCUUGGGAGUUGACAUCGCUAUGCGCGUCUCUAUGUCUUCAUCUUCAAGUAGGAAAGCCAAGGUUUCGCUUCUCGUUAUAUAAAGACAGGCAACAAUAACAAGGAAGGGGGAACGAAAGUAGGGCGAAAUCGGUUGGCGUUCCUCUACAGCGCAUCUUUCGGUUUCUCGAGCCAAACUAAUACAUAGGGGUGUUAUAGAUUGCAGACAUGAUAAGUGUAGCAUGUGUAGUCCCUCUACGGCUACGUAAAUCCGCCCGAGAAGGCAGGUAAAACUGUGGACGGCGGACUUUAUCCUAUCAUAUCCUAUGCGCGUCUCUAUGUCUUCAUCUUCACGUAGGAAAGCCACAGAUAUGCGAGCUAGAGACGCCGACUCUCAGCCCCUAAUAUGCUAGAGCAUGGCGGGAAGGCUAGUCACAUGGAGGAAGCUCCGAUCUUCUGUAAUAGGAGCACAGAAGACAGAGCAACAAUGUGCGAGCACAGGAGAACAACACUGUGCGAGCACAGAAGAGCAACACUGUGCGAGUUUGCCGUUCCUGCGGUACUCUACUCAACAUACACACAUCAGUAUAAAAAGUAUAUGCUGCUGUAACCGCAUCUGAUCAAGUGUCCAUCCGAUCCAGUGUUGAAGAUCAUUUAUCCAUGUAAAAAAGUAUUAGCUAACUCAAACAGAAUAGUACAAGUAAAAGUUUACUCAACACCUAUAUUAGAGAAUGUACUCAGUAACCAUAGAGAUAAAAGUGUACUUAGAGAGUGGACUACUAUUCUGAGAUAAGAGUGGACUCAGAUGAGACUGUACUACAGCAACUCAUUACAGGACAACAAUGUACUGCAGCAACUCACUAGAGAUAAAAGUGGACUACAGCAGGUAAAAGUGCAGAGAUCAAAAAUAGCAAACAUAAUGAGGAGUCACGAAAAUAGACGCAACAAGGGAGUCCACUCUCUCAACACUAACACAAUAGUACUAGCCACUCGGCCUGAUCUGACUAAGGUGUCUACCCUCCUCCGGCUUGAAGAUCUGACUAAGUCUAUGAACGCUAGCGCACCUUGCACUUAAACUCGGUAGUAAUGAUUCCCUGCUUCGAUCACUAAUGAUCAAAAUCAAUCCCUAAGCAAAAAGAUCACUCCCCCUGUUGAAGAUCAUUUUAGGAGAGUGCUAUCUUUUUAUAUAUAAUCCAUGUAAAAAAGUUAAAGUACGAGGGCAGCAGCAGCACGCGGUCGCUUC